GCACACCAACUUCACCUGCCACACCGAGGGAGCGUGCUGGGCUUCCGUCAUGCUCACCAACGGAAAGGAAGAGGUGAUCAAGUCGUGUGUCUCCCUUCCAGAACUGAACGCUCAAGUCUUCUGCCACAGCUCUAAAAACAUAACCAAAACUGAAUGCUGCUACACUGACUUCUGCAACAACAUCACUCUCCACCUGCCCAUCGCUGCUGAAUCUCCCAGCAGAGCCGGCGUAGGCCCCGUGGUGCUGGCGGUGAUGGUCACCGUGCCCGUCUGCGUCCUGUCCCUGGUCGUGGUGCUCACUCUCUGCACCUGCCAGAGCCGCCGCUGUGCGUACAGGAGGAAGAAGCAGCCAAACGUCGAGGAGCCCCUGUCUGAGUGCAAUCUAGUGAGCUCUGGAAAAACGCUUAAAGAUCUCAUUUAUGAUAUGACGACAUCUGGAUCCGGGUCUGGUUUGCCUCUGCUUGUGCAAAGAACAAUUGCAAGAACUAUUGUUCUUCAGGAAAUAGUAGGAAAAGGCCGAUUUGGUGAAGUUUGGCAUGGAAAAUGGUGUGGAGAAGACGUAGCUGUGAAGAUCUUCUCUUCAAGAGAUGAAAGAUCUUGGUUUCGGGAGGCAGAAAUCUAUCAGACGGUUAUGUUGAGACAUGAAAAUAUCCUGGGUUUUAUUGCUGCAGAUAACAAGGAUAAUGGAACUUGGACUCAGCUCUGGCUUGUCUCUGAAUACCAUGAGCAAGGAUCCUUGUUUGAUUAUUUGAACAGAAGCACUGUGACUCUUGAUGGUAUGAUUAAACUGGCACUUUCAAUAGCCAGUGGCUUAGCACACCUUCAUAUGGAGAUAGUCGGCACACAAGGCAAACCAGCUAUCGCACACAGGGAUCUGAAAUCUAAAAACAUCUUAGUGAAGAAAAAUGAAACGUGUGCUAUUGCGGAUUUGGGACUGGCUGUGAAACAUGACUCUGUAUUAAAUACAAUCGACAUACCUCAGAAUCCUAGAGUGGGAACAAAGAGGUAUAUGGCUCCUGAGAUACUUGACGAUGUGAUGAACAUGAACAUCUUUGAGUCGUUCAAACGUGCAGACAUAUACUCUCUUGGUCUCGUAUAUUGGGAGAUAGCAAGAAGAUGUUCAAUCGGAGGAAUCACUGAGGAAUACCAGUUGCCUUAUUAUGACGUUGUGCCUUCUGAUCCUUCGAUAGAAGAUAUGAGAAGGGUAGUUUGUGAGCAGAAACUGAGACCAAAUAUUCCAAACCAGUGGCAAAGCUGUGAGGUGCUCCGAGUAAUGGGCAGGAUAAUGCGGGAAUGCUGGUAUGCUAAUGGAGCAGCUCGGCUGACUGCACUUCGUAUUAAGAAGACAAUUUCACAGCUCUGUGUGCAGGAGGAUUCCAAAGCCUAACAAAUAUCGUUGGAAGAAGAGGAAGGAAAGGAUUUUCUUGUUCAUCUUUUAACAUGUGAUAUUAUUUUUAUUUUUGGUCUACCUCACAUAAUGUGGUUCAGUGUUUGUGUGCCCCAAGCAGAGCACUGACAUCAAGCUGCAGAGUUGGCCACUGAAAGGGGCAGCUUUUGACUUGCAGUUUGUUUCAUACAGCAAGUCACUGAGUCACCUUGGUU